AUGGAAAAGAGGAAAAAUUUAUGGUUAAUGUUUGUAAUUGGUCUGUCAUGGAUGUUGAUAGCAGCUAUGAAAGAAAUAACCAAGUUAUUAGAAGCAGGUAUUAUAUAUCCUAUAUCUGAUAGCAAAUGGGUUAGUCCUGUACACGUUGUACCAAAGAAAGGAGGCAUAACCGUUAUUGAAAACGAAAAAGGAGAAACUAUAACUAAACGAAUCGAAUCGGGAUGGAGAAUGUGCAUUGAUUAUAGGAAACUAAACAAAGCAAUCCGAAAAGAUCAUUUCCCUUUACCAUUCAUUGACCAAAUGUUAGAACGAUUAGCUAAACAUUCACAUUUCUGUUAUUUAGACGGUUAUUCAGGCUUCUUUCAAAUACCAAUUCACCCUGAUGACCAAGAAAAGACAACAUUCACAUGCCCUUUUGGUACCUUCGCGUAUAGACGAAUGCCGUUUGGUCUGUGUAAUGCCCCUGCAACUUUUCAAAGAUGCAUGAUGGCAAUAUUCGCCGACUUUCUCGAAAACAUCAUGGAAGUAUUUAUGGAUGACUUUUCUGUAUACGGACAAAGUUUCGAAGAAUGCCUUGAAAACCUGGAAAGAGUUCUGGAGCGAUGUGUAAAAGUAAACUUAGUACUUAAUUGGGAAAAGUGCCACUUUAUGGUACAAGAAGGAAUUGUUUUAGGACACAUCAUCUCGAACAGAGGAAUCGAAGUAGACAAAGCCAAAAUAGAGGUAAUCGAAAAUCUUCAACCCCCAAGAACUGUGAGAGAAGUACGAAGUUUUUUAGGACACGCCGGUUUUUACCGACGAUUCAUCAAAGACUUCUCUAAGAUAACUAAACCCUUAACCGGACUGUUGAUGAAAGAUGCUGAAUUCAUAUUCGACGAUAACUGUUUAAAAGCAUUUCAAACUCUUAAACAAGCAUUGAUCUCCGCACCCAUUAUGCAGACACCAGACUGGAAUGAACCAUUCGAAAUAAUGUGCGAUGCCAGUGACUAUGCUGUAGGUGCUGUUUUAGGACAAAGAAAGGAUAAAAAGCUUCACGUUAUAUACUACGCUAGCAGAACCCUGGCUACUUUAUCUUACCAGCAGAAGAAACGAUUCUUCCACGACAUAAAACACUAUUACUGGGAUGACCCCUUACUUUUCAAAAGAGGCCCCGAUGGUAUUUUCCGUCGAUGUAUACCCGAAGAAGAAGAGUGUGACAGAUGUCAACGCACGGGAAACAUAUCUAGACGUGACGAGAUGCCACAAAAAGGUAUUUUGGAAGUAGAGAUUUUUGACGUGUGGGGGAUAGACUUCAUGGGACCCUUCCCAUCCUCUUUCGGUAACAAAUACAUACUCGUGGCAGUUGACUACGUAUCAAAAUGGAUCGAAGCUAUAGCUUCUCCAACAAACGACACCCGAGUAGUAACUAGACUCUUUAAAAAUAUAAUAUUUCCGAGAUUUGGCAUCCCAAGAAUAGUAGUCAGUGAUGGUGGAUCACACUUUAUAUCCAAGGUACUCGAAAAACUACUACUUAAAUAUGGAGUGAGACAUAGGAUAGCAACACCUUACCACCCUCAAACCAGUGGACAAGUGGAAGUAUCUAACAGAGAAAUCAAGCAAAUACUAGAAAAAACGGUCGCCACUUCAAGGAAAGAUUGGUCAUUGAAAUUACCAGAAGCUUUGUGGGCAUACCGAACUGCUUAUAAAACUCCCAUAGGGACGACCCCAUUUAAGCUCAUUUAUGGAAAAUCCUGUCACCUCCCGGUAGAAUUAGAACAUAAAGCCUAUUGGGCUAUUAGAAAUUUAAAUUUGAAUUAUAAAGCCGCCGGUGAAAAGAGAAUCCUUGACAUAAACGAAUUAGAGGAACUCAGAAGAGACGCCUAUGAAAAUGCCAAAAUCUAUAAAGAAAGAACAAAACAAUGGCAUGACAAGCGUAUAUCAAGGAAAAUCUUCAAGCAAGGCGACGCAGUACUUUUAUUUAACUCUAGACUAAAGUUAUUCCCGGGAAAACUACGAUCCAGAUGGUCAGGACCUUUUCAUAUCACUAAAAUCUUUCCGAGU